AUGCGAACACCUAAGAGACCUUCUGACAACCAUCAUCGUGACACGGUUUCCAACUCCAGAGAAGAAUGCCAGGCCGUUCAAUUGAGAAGUGGUAAGAUCGCGGGGUCAGGAACCAAGAGUGGUGAGAAGCAGGUUGAAAAAGAGACAUCGGAGAAGAAAAUUGCAAAGACAGAGUGUGCCAGGAAGGGCGGUGAACGCCUAGCUCCAGAGUACAAGGCCAAAAUGCCAUACCCCCAGAGACUUCAGAAGGCAUCCAAGAAUAAGCAAUUCUCCAAAUUUUUGGAAGUCUUUAGGAAGUUUGAGAUCAACAUUUCCUUUGCAGAGGCCCUUGAGCAAAUACCUCUUUAUGCCAAGUUUAUCAAGGAGUUGUUGAGUAACAAGAGGGAUUGGAAAGAGAUUGAGACAGUGGUAUUGACUAAGGAAUGCAGUGCAAUCAUCCAGAAAAAUCUCCCAGAAAAGCUGCAAGAUCCUGGGAGCAUUCUAAUUCCCUGUACCAAUGGAGACACCACUAUUCAGAAAGCCCUGUGUGAUCGCGGAGCUAGCAUCAACCUCAUGCCUAUUUCAUUUAUGAAAAUGCUCCAAAUUGAUGAGGUAAAACCUACCCAUAUUACUCUUCAACCUGCCGACCGUUCUGAUAAGUAUCCUCUUAGAGUUGUUGAGAAUCUUCUUGUGAAAGUAGGACCCUUUACCUUUCCUGUUGAUUUUGUGAUAUUGGAAAUGGAAGAGGACAAAAAUGCCUAUAUUAUUCUUGGGAGACCCUUUUAG